GUUAUUGCAUUCUCUCUGGGAUUAGGAGCAAUGCCAUGGAUUAUAAUGUCUGAGAUUCUUCCGAUUAACAUCAAAGGCCUAGCUGGAAGUUUUGCAACACUUGCCAAUUGGUUCUUUUCCUGGUUGGUUACAUUAACAGCAAAUUUGCUCUUGGAUUGGAGUUCGGGAGGAACCUUCACAAUAUAUACUGCAGUGUGUGUUUUCACAGCAGGAUUUGUUGCCAUUUGGGUCCCCGAGACAAAGGGAAAAACUCUUGAAGAAAUACAACAGUUUUUCAGAUGAAGUUUCCUUUCGAGUAGCACUUCAGCUAGUGUUCACUCAUGUAUUCACAUUCAUAUUUUUUUUCUGAAUCAACUCAAUUCAUUUUUGUGCUCUUUGGUCUUGUUAAAUAUGAAAAAUACCAAAACAGUGUGAUUUUCUAAUCUAGCAGCAUACUUGCAUUUUUGUUGUAAUUGAUUGAUUAUAAACAA